AACUACUCAAGAAUCUCCAUUGAAGAUUCCAUUGUCCCCAAAAUUUUCUUCCCAACAUGUUACUUUCUCACCAUCCAUCCAUUUUCAAUUCGCUAUUGAAGUCAAGAUUUAAGCUUCAGUAUCCCAACACUCACCCUCACAGGCUAUCCACAGCAGCAUUCAAUACCAAGCCUUUUACAUCACCCUCCAAGAAUCACCAGCCGCUUCUUAAACGUACACUCCAAAGUUCGGCACUGCCUCUUGUUUCACUUGAUGACGAGGGACACACUGUUGAAACACUGAAGAAUCAGCUACCAGAAGGAUCCCAACAACAAGACAAGGACAAGAGCUUCUGGGGUGCUGUUAGUUUGAUUGUUGGUACAGCUGUAGGGCCUGGAAUGUUGGGUUUACCGGCUGCAACGAUGAAAUCAGGUCCACUUCCAUCAACCAUUGCCAUUGUUCUGUCUUGGGUUUAUGUUAUUUCGUCCAUCCUUCUUGUUGCAGAGUUGAGUUUUGCAGUGAUGGAGGAAGAUGGGGUUGAAGAAGUGAGCUUUACUGGUCUUGCAACAAAGGCAUUAGGGGGUCAUUUUGGUGCUUUUGUUGCGGUCAUUUAUGCCUCCCUUAGUUUUGCUUUGUUAGUGGCUUGUGUUUCGGGCAUUGGUUCACUAGCGUGCCAAUGGUUUCCCUCGAUGAAUUUGGUAUUGGCUCAUGCCUUGUUUCCACUAGCUGUUGGGACUGUCAUUAUGUUCUUUCCAUUCAAGGCCAUUGAUGUUUCCAACAGGCUUUUAUGCUUCCUCAUGCUGUUCUCGAUAACCGCUUUGGUGACAAUCGGUUUAUCAGUGACCAGAGCAAAUGUGUUAGGCUCCUUUGCUCAUGCCUCAUGGAGUCUAUCAAGAAUCUUGCCUGCAAUUCCUGUUACUGUACUCACAUUAGGAUUCCAUGUUAUCACUCCUUUUAUUUGCAAGAUUGCUGGAAAUUCAGUGUCCGAGGCUCGAAAAGCAAUACUGAUCGGAGGGGCUGUUCCGUUAGCUAUGGUUCUAUCGUGGAAUUUGAUUGUUUUAGGACUGGCUGGAAAUACCUCGCCGAAAGACCCUAUAUCCCUCCUACUUUCAGUGAAUCCUUCUGCUUUAUCCGCUGUUCAAGGAUUUGCAUUCUCUGCGUUGGCAACUAGCCUGAUAGGAUAUGCUGUAAGCUUCCCUAAGCAACUUCUUGAUACCUUGGAAUUGAUUCUAGGGAAAGCAAGGUUGGCAAAGCAAAUGCCUACUCGGUCUCAGUUGGUCUCUAAUGGUUCCGGGCGAGUUGGUUUUGUGAUUUAUUCAACUCAGCAUGAAAGCCGGAAUUUUGGGAAAGCUUCAUUUGGAUCAAACAACAUUGCUGGUUCAGAAAAUGUACGUCUGUUAAGAAAAAACGACCUUAAAUCAUUCGAAAUAUUUGUAAUACCACUAGUGCUCGCUGCUCCGGUUCUUAUAGCUUCCUUCUUCCGUUCAACGUUUUCGAGAGCCCUUGAUUUUGCCGGGGUUUACGCAAACUGCUUCCUCUUUGGCAUCCUUCCCCCUGCAAUGGCAUACAUACAGAAGUCAAGGAAGAAGCUCAGGUCAUCAAUCCUCCCGGGAGGAGAUGCCGCACUUGCACUACUCUUCGGCAUCGCAGUCGUUUUGGGGAUAUGGCAUUAGAUGACCAACAGGUAG